AUGUUCUCGCACCAACACCACCAUUGGGCGUACGUCUGGAUACCCGCGCUCGCCGCGUUCAUGUGGUGCGCCACGUUACUGGCCAUGAUCAUCACAUGGGCGGCGCAAGGCCGGCCGAUCUACGUGAGCGAAGACGGUACUAUACCGUUCAUCAGCGACAUCGGAGCCGACAUCCUCAAACCGCUCUUCAUCGUCGGCGGCUCCAUCACCGCCGUCGGCUUCUUUCUCUCGCUCGUCAUCGAGCGUUGGCUGCGGCACACCGGACGGCUUAUCCCCAACAUGCGCCGACGCGAAAAAGUGUUCAACUGGCUCGCGGUCCUCGGCGCGUUCAUCGGCGGCGCCGGGCUCAUCCUCCUCACCAUCUUCGACACGAAGCGGCACACGUCCCUUCACCGCGUCUUCCUCCUCGUCUUCAUGGUCGGCGUCGCGCUCUCCGCCAUCUUCACCAUCCUCGAGUACCGCUGGAUCUCCAAAGACUUUGGCGAGAUCCGCAAGCUCAAGGCGACCUACCUCGCCAAGGCGCUCAUCGCCGGGAUCCUCAUCAUCCUCGCCAUCGUCUUCGCCGUCUUCCUCACCCAAAACGGUACCAAGGCCGACAACGUCGACGCCGUACUCGAAUGGACGAUCGCGUUCGGCUUCACCUUUUACCUCCUCACGUUCUGGUACGACCUCCGCAUGUCGAAAGGCAUGCACCGCGGCCAGCUCGGUCGCGAAAACCUCAUGGCGCAGACCAACGGCUCCGUGCGACCGUCGUACGCCACAGACGGCACCCACGGCGCAUACGGCCAGCCCGCAUACGGCCAAGGAGGGCCGACGUACGCCGUGUAA